GCUCCCUGCGCGCCGGCCGCCCGCCCGCUCCCGCACUCGGCGCCCGGGGCUCUGCGGAGGCAGCGCGGCCAUCGGCUCCCCUCGGCCCCCGCGUAUAACGAUCUUGCGAGGAAACAGCCCGAGCCGGAGAGCGCGAGGGCGCGCGGGGAGAGCAGCAGCAGCGCCAGCCCAGGCAGCCCGCCCGCCGGCCGGAGGAGGGACCGCUGCGCCGGCCGUGCCCGCCAUUCCUGGCUGAAGUGCGAGAGCCUCCCGCGGCUCCAAAAUGCAACAACAACAACAACAACAUCGAAUUUUCACAGCUGCCCUUCUGGCACUUGUUUUCAUUCUGGCAGCUGUGAGCACCACUGAGGCUGGCAAAAAAGAGAAACUAGAGAAAAAGGCGAAGAAGUCCGACUGUGGGGAAUGGCAGUGGAGUGUCUGUGUGCCCACUAGUGGUGACUGCGGCCUGGGGACACGUGAGGGCACUCGCAGUGGAGCUGAGUGCAAACAAACCACCAAGACUCAGAAGUGUAAGAUUCCCUGCAAUUGGAAGAAGCAAUUUGGAGCGGAGUGUAAAUACCAGUUCCAGGCCUGGGGAGAAUGUGACUUGAAUACUGCCCUGAAGACUCGAACUGGGAACCUAAAGAGAGCCCUUCAUAAUGCUGACUGCCAGAAGACUGUCACAAUCUCAAAGCCCUGUGGGAAGCUUACCAAACCCAAACCUCAAGAAUCCAAGAAGAAGAAAAAGGAAGGCAAGAAACAAGAGAAGAUGCUGGAUUAAUAGAGCCAACUUGGGCAGUGUGAGAAAGGGACAUCAGCAAACACGAUCAGUUAACAGUUUCAUUUAUACCUAGGCAUUUUAUCCUAAAAUUAUUUAUAGCUUAAUGGUACAAUAGAAGGAAACAAGCAAACACACAGAAAAAAAAUCUUUUUUUUAUUACUUUAGUAUUUUUAAUGUAUAACCCUAACAGCAAUUUUUAGAGGCCUGCAAUAAAGGACUCCAAACUCAUUUAGAAAUUUAUGUCUAUUGUAUAUUGAACAAUGUAGAAGUUUUAAAAAUAUUUUUUCUCAAAUAUUGCUGUAAGUCUCAAUCUUGUAAUUACUCCAUGGAAGCAGAACCUGAACAUGUGCAGAGCCCAGCUGAAGCCAGUGGUGUCCUGUGUGGACAUAGGGGUCUAUGUGGAUGCAGUCAUAUUUAAGAUUGGAACCUUUUGUCUGAAAAAAACCCCAGACUUUGUUUCUUAAGUUCUUAGUACAUCUGGAUGACUGUAUGAAAUCAUUUGUUUAAGGAAAGGAUGAGGGCAUUUCGUUGAGUAUUUGCAGGCAAAGAAUUUUUUUUGUAUGUGUUGUGAAUGUUCAUUCCAAAAUGCCACCAUUUCUGGGCAAAAGAUCAGUAGCACUGCUUCUAUUCUUGGCCAUAUUUUUCUUGUGUGCAGUAAAAAUUCUUAAAUACUUUUUUUCAAUGGCCGGAUACAGCGGAGUCCUAAAUUUUCAUGAUUUUGAAGCAGGCUAAAAAGAUUGUUUUUUCAAAGUGGAAUGAUAGCAAUACUCUCUGUUUUUUACCGUAUCAACACUGGUGGAUGAUGGAGUCUUCCUUUUUAUCUGCAAAAGCAGAAAAAUGCUUUCUUUUGUUUGUUUAUUUUGCCAGCAGGGAGACUACCUUUUUCACAUAAAUCUAGUUGAAAGGGUUGUGAUUCUGCCUGACCCAACUCCCUUUUGUAUCAGCAGGAAUCUUCCUGUUGAUUUCAAUUAUAGCUGGUUGAAAAAUAGAAAGUAUGUCUUGUGGAAAGUAAUAGAAGAAAUCAGUUUGGAAACUGCCUGGGAUAGUUCACGUUUUUGACCAAGAAAGAGACAAUUUGUGGGAGCUUGAAACCAAUAGAACCAAAUUAAUUCUUAUUUCUCUGUUAGUAAAGCAGAGGGGAAAUGACAGAACAGUAUCUUUUGUUUUCUUCCAUUUUUACAUAAACUGAACAACCUUGGAAAAUUUCAUCCAAAUUAAAAAUAAUUCUGUGAAAGUUUUUGUUUUAAAAACAGCCUGUAGAAAAGAAAAAAAAAGAAAAAUUAUAACCAGCUGGUUUUCAUUCUGCCACAUUUUACCUGAGUAUUUCAAAUAAUUGUGAGUGCUGAGAAAAGUCACAAAGUAGAAAAAGAUCUGACAAAAGGCUGGUGUGCAGAAAGGAUUGUUUUACAAACUAAGCAACCCUCAGUCCAGCCUUCUUAGAGGAAACUUAAGGGAUUUCAGUGCACAAAUUCAUUUCAAAAUCAUUACUUUUAAAAUCUAAACCUUAAAUUUGAAUGGCAAGAACUAAGCUGUGCCAUUUGUAUAGGCCCCAGGCCUGCUUGCUGAUAGGCUCCCUUGUAUUCCUGCAGAAAUCUAUUGACUUCAGUGAAGCUGCAGCAAGGUACAUUCGUAUGAGUAAAGCAUUUUGCCCUUUUGGGAGAUAGCUUGUAGACACAGCAGAGAGUCUUUUCCCAGACUAACUUUUCAUUCCCCUUUUCUAUGCAAAAAAUACUCUAAGACUUGCCUUGUUUUUGCUCACAUGAGAGGAAUCACUGAUCAGAACUCUCAACUCCUCCUGUAGACAUUCCCAAGUCCUUCUGAAGUCAGUUAGCCAAGGCUACACAUAGCUCAAGAUAGCUAGCCACACAAGUAUUUCCCAGUCUCCUUGGGUGGUUUUUGCAGUCUGUGUUGAUACCCUUCAUGUUGUGACUAUACUGUUAAACAUAUCUGAGCCAAUGGUAUAGUUAAAAAUGUCCCCAACAUGUGGUGGACGUGCAAUGACCAAAUCCCACUAACUUUUCAAGUUGCCACUUGCAAAGGCUUAGAUCUGGAUGGUUCUGGGUGCUAUUUGGUUUGUUCAUGGUCUAAUCAGGUCUACUAGUGCUCAUGCCUCAGACUUAAGCUAAUGGAUUGGUAAGUCUGAAAGUAAAGGGAGGAAGAAGCUUUUUCACUCACCAAAGGUUUGUCUGUCUAAAUGCUGCAUCAGUUCACUUAAAGUGGUUCAGCUUUGAGCGCAAACACUGUUGCACCAUUGUAUUACAUUGGUUAAUCUAGUCCCUGUUUCACAGGGAGCUGGCAGAAGUUGGGAAUGCUGCUGAAACCAACAGUCUGACUCUCCUUUAGCAAAUCUUCAGAUGUGACUUCUGAUUUCCACCUCUGUGAGUAAGAAGAAAAUAUAUUUCCCUGUGUUUGUGCUCCGUGACUUGUGGCCCUCAUAAUUAACUGCCCAUCUGGCUUGUUAAAAGAACAUUCCUAAUAAUUUUUGAAGGAGGCCAGUCAAGUCCCCAUAGUUAAGGCAGUAGUGUAGGGCCUCCAUGGAGAGAGUUUACAGAAAACAAACAAGCAAAGAAAAAAAGUCCAUGUUAGGACCAGAAGAAAGCACAGCGGUGCCAGGAGCAAAGGUGUGAAAUAAGAGAACACUUCCUCUGUACUACCCAGCCACAGUUGUUUGGAUCUACAAUGGUAUCUUCUUGUUAACAAUAGUUGGGUCGUAUAUGUCCUACUUUGCAAAGAAUGAAGAAAAUAUCCAAGAAAACAGUGGAAAGCAUUCUGUGGGAGCUCUGGCUAUGAUGGAGGAGAUAAUUAGUAAUUUCAUGGCAAAACACAGAGGAAGGUGGAAUGGAAUAAGUCAGUCAGGUCAGCUCUGAAAGGAGGUACCCCAUUCAUUUCCUAGAAGAACAGGGGUAAUUGCUUCACUAGUGAGAUUAUCUGAGAAAGUAAGAGGCAAGUGUCUGAACAAAUCCUCUUCCAGCUCCAUCUUGCUCAAAAUUUCCACCAGAGUUAUUCAGAAAUUCCUCCUUAUUUGUUUCCUAAUCUUCCACUCUCCUUUGGGAGGUCAGCCUGACAGUGCAGUGGGGCUCGCUGCUUCAAAUGAAUUAUGUGUUUUGCCCUUCUUGUCCAUAAGGUGAUUCUCAGUUAUAAUAGAGACUGGCGUAGGGUAAAAGAAUGUUACACCAAACAAUACAAAGUUUCUUUGGAUUGAGGUUUAGGGUUAGGGUGAGAGAGAUUCAUCACCUAAGCAUGAAUCUGCAUCCAGACCCUGGAUUUCAGCAACUUUAAGCUUAGGGAAGUUUGGAGCCUCUAAGUAGGCUGAACCGUGCUCCUAAGCAAUUAAGCCUAUCUAUAUCUUGAUUCAAAUCUGUAUUUGGGAAUUGGGGCAUUUUCUCAUUUUGACAUGUCUCCUGACAAAGAUGUCCAGAUUGAAAGAGAAUCUUUGCUUGUCAGCUUAGCAUAUUUAAUAGACUUUUAAGUGCAGCAAAACUAUAGCAUAAAGUAUGUUUUAGGACAAGGUUCCUGGAAGGGAAGAAGCAUGCUGUACAUUCAGGUGAAUAAUAAGUUGUAACCCACCAAUUCUGAUCUUCUAACUCCAUAGUGACUUUCUGGACUGUGUUACUUUUCAAGGGAUAUAUACUGGGAUAUAUACUGGGAUCAUUUUAUACAAACUUCUUUUGCUUGCUCCUCUGAGCAGAGAAGGCAGGAUCACUUGGUAGGAUGUUCGCUUUUUAUGCUUUGCUUCAUUUGUGCCUUAAUGAGAACUAAGCAAAUGUAGAAUGUCACUAAAAUACAGAGAAGUGAAGAGUCUCAUUCCAGCCUCAAAAGAACGUGUCCACCAGGAGGCAGUGGCAAAAGUAAUAUGACCAUCUUUUCUGUUUUAGGAGUGCAAGUUAUGAUGAUGUUGAUAGGACAAAUUAUUUGUUUCAUCUUGGAGUAUAUCUUGUCCUUCAUCGCUUGGCAUGUGGUCUUGGACAAUUCAAGUAAUGCAGCAGAGCAUUAGUUAUGGUGAACUAAGGGGAAGUGAGUACUUACCUUAUGAGAAUAGGCCUGUAGAAAAACUGGUACUAACCAUACUGUUAGCAGGGAGCAUCGAAAGAUAAAAAUUGUAUAGCUUUCCCAUUCGUUUAAUGAAAUUCCUUAACAAAUUACCAGCUUUCUCUGAGUUUGUGUAGUCUAACAUCAGGGGUGAGAGUGGGUAGCAAUCCAGCUUGGUUUUCCAAGGAUUUUUUUCUAGGUAGAAAUACAUUUUCUGUUCUGAGUUGCAGCUGCAAUUGCUCUGCAAUAAUAUUAGUGAUGUAAAUCUGCCACUUUUCUGAAGUGAAAUAUUGGUGAGAUGUAUCGUGUUAACAUGUUGUAACAGUGUUCCACAUCUCCCAAAUACUUACCGAAAGGGGAAAGAAUAUGUGAAUGAUGGUAGGUAUCUCAUAUUCAAUCUUUUUAAACCCUCAAGGACAGCAUUUUCUCUGAACUUCUGACUGUGUUCUCUCUUCUGAGGGGACAUACUAUAUAUGCUGACUGCCUUCACCCUUGCUUUACCCCUAAUUUUGAUAGCGUUCAUAAAUUUCCUGUCAAUCCUGCUAAGGAACUCCACUUCCCACCCAAAUUUAUGGAGAUGUUGUUGAACUCCUCCUCAUGUUAGAGGGUGUAUUUUCCAUUCCUGGCUGGCUGGUUGCAAAACAGCCCCAACAAGCCCUUGCUACCAGUCACCUCUCAUUGUGUCCUUUUAGGAUUAAAAAUAAAAGACUUAGUGACAACUUGCAAAUCAAAAGGUGAGAAUGAACAAGGUAACAGGAGAAUGAGCAAAGAGACUCUCUGAAUUCUUUGGGAGGGUGGGCUUGCUGGUAAAACCUUUCUUGUAUAGAUCAAUCUGGGCUUCCUAGGGGAUGGAAAUACAUCACAUUUGGUGGAAGAUAAGAGACAGUGAUGAAAGAGGGGCUGCCCUCAAACAGAAAAGCCCCUUAGCUAGGUAAACAGUGGCAAGAAACUGCAUCCUUUCCUACUACAUCUUCUUGUACCAUCAGAUUAAAGGGAAGAGAAAUGGCACACAGAGCUUCAGGGAUAGUGAGAGAAGAAGGGCAUGGAGAGAGCCUCUUCCACCCCAGUGGUGUUUUCAUUUGAAGAAGGUCUAGAAAAUUUUGUUUUAGCAGCACAAAGCUUCAUGUGCUUACAUACUGAAAUUAAAUGAUACCACGUCUAAUCAUUCCCAUAACGCUCCCCUUCUGCCACUCUUCAAAAAUGGCAGUCUGCCUUGUGGCCUCUUCUCUCUGACCCUAGCACAAGCAAGAUACUUGAUUGAAAUCUGCCUUGUGGUCUCUUCUCUCUGACCCUAGCACAAGCAAGAGAUACUUGACGGAAAACAUGAAAACUUAAUUAUAUAUGCUGUUAUUAUCUCUUUCGUGAGAGCUGUGCAAUCCCUUUACCCUUCCUGCAGUUUGCCAUUUAAAUGUGGAGUGUCUUAAAGUCCCAGAUGGCUUAAAACUCAGCUCAAAACUCAAAUCUUCUAGCCUUUAAUUCUUUCAGCUUUGAAUGAGCUGCCUAUAGCAAAGCUGUACAUACAGUCUUCUUAUGCCUUUCUUUAUAAAACCCAAAAACUGAAAGCCUGUGUCCAAUGUAUUGAUUUUACUAGUGAGCUAAGACAGAGGCUCCCCAGGUGUUCCAAUUUUGGAAGGUCAUUCAACGUUAAAGGUUGUACAAAAACUUUAGCAUUUAAUUCUAUGCUGUAAAGCUAGGAAAAUGUCUAGCUCCUGCAGGCUCUUACCCAUAGCCAGCUUCUUUUAAUUAAUUACACCAUUUGAGUUCCCUCAUCCUAACUGCCUGGCAACAAGGCACUAUCUAACUUUUUUCAAUGGAUCAUUCGUUAGACUGCCCAUGUUAUAAUUAUAUGGUUCAUCUAGAUUUUUUACAGCUGCUCCAGAGGCUGUUGUGGUCACUGAGGGGACUUGAAGCAGAAUGCAGACUAGUACUGCUGCUGUUGGACCUCAAAACCUCCUAAUGAGGAUUUCAGUAUCAGAAACAAUAUCUCUCUCUAAAAAUAUGCGUACAUGUGUACUACAUAUCUAUCUAUAUCUAUAUACACAUAUCUAUAUAUGCUUAUAUCCAUAUAUGGAGAGGCAAAACACUAUAAUAUAAAGUGUAUCCAUAACUCAAAAAGUGUAUCCAUAACUCAGAACUAUACUGCCAUGUUUUAAAGCUAAAGCAGAAGGGAAAGAGCUUUUUUUGUCCUGUGUUAUGUUACACAAGGGCAGGAUAUAGGAUGAAGAACUAAGUUUCUCCCCACUCCCCAGCAUAGCAGUUUAAGGAUAGCAUCAGAGUGAUGCUCUCUUGUGUCACACCGAGUACAUGGAAGGGCCUGGUUUAACACUUCGGAGGGAAAGAAGUGAUUCAGUUAAGUGUGAAUAUAGAAGCCCAGGGAGAAGAAAGCUUUUUCCCUGCAAAGAACAAGCAAAGAAAAUGAAAAAAAAAAAGAAAGAAAAGCAACAAAACCUCUCUUGAUACUUAUAGUUUGGGUGUUAAACAUAAAAAGGAAUGAAAAUUAAAAUAACAAAUUAAAUAUCAUGUUCAAUGAAUUGCUAAUUAUGUGUAUAUCUAUUAAGCCAGUGCUAUAUGAUAUCUUCUCAUGGGUUACUCUCUUUUCCUGUUCCUUUUCCUUUUUUUUUCUGGUUUGUAUAUUGAUUUUGUAAGCUAGCAGUGUGUUACCUUUUCAGUAUUUUUUAAAACUUGUAUGAAAGCCAUAUAUCCAUAUUGUAGAAUGAAAGCAUUAAUCCUGUAACAUACCUUAAUGUUUCCUUUAGCUCUGUGGGAUUGUGGGAGGCUCUAGCGAAUGUAUAUGUUUACCAAUUGUAUCAACAUAAUUUACUUGCUCUUAGUGGCGAUAAAGAAUUAAAUAAACUAAUACACAGAA